AUGAGGCAAAACCUUUUUGACACCAAAACAAGCAAAGUCAAGCGGAAGAGGAAUAUCCUACGAGUAAAAAGCGGCAAGAAGAAUUUCCCCACCAAAAGGGAACCAAGCGAAAGGUACAAGGACAUUCUGAAUUAUUACAAAAAUGAAAAUAAAACGAACAAAUUUAUCGAUAAGAGAAAAAGUAAGAAGGGAAAUAAGAACAACACAAGAUUUAAGAAAGGGAACAUUUUUAACCUGAACAAUGACUCCUUUUUAAAAGAUAAGCAUAUCAGUGCCAAUGAUGUAUACGGGGAGGAGGAUCAUUCGGAUGAUAGUUCCUUGGACAGUGGGGAGAAGUGGUCAGGGGGGGGAUCCCGCAAAGGCAAGAGGAAGAGUGACGCGAUGGUGAACAACUUUGUUCAGGAAAAAAUCGAAAAGAAAAAAUUAUGGAAAAUUAAAAAAUACGAAAUUAAGGAAAAGUUACGCGAAAUUGAUAAACAUUUUGAAGUCAUUAAAAACAGUGUCCUUUCUUUGCCUGCAACAACGGGGGGCGUGAAACAAAAUGUGGACCCCAAAAGGGGGGUGGCCAAAAAAGGGGAACAACAACGGGACCGAUUUGUGAACGCAAUCGGGCGCGUGAAUAAAGCAACUCAGAGGGGCGAAAAGGGAGCAGACAGAAAUGGGAGGGUCCAAAUGAAGAUGGAGGACGGCAACGACGUCGAAGAUGACGAAGAGGAUGAAUUGGACGAGGAGGAAAGUGCUGAUGAUGAGGAUGAGGCGGAGGAAAGUAACGUGGAGGAAGAAGUUGAUGAAGAAGACGAGUCCGAGGGGGAGGAUGGACUGGUCAUAGAAUCCGGGUGGGAAGCAGAAGAUGAAUCGGAGGAAGAUGAUCAGGAUGAGCAGCACGGAGAUGGAAAUGCCUCCGAGGGUUCAAUCGAACAGGGAGCAAAUGGAUCCGUUCAGCACAAAUAUGAUGCAUCGAAGUCGCAGUUGCUUGGUCAAAAAACGAAUGAGAGUGACGAAGAAGUGAAAGAAUCAAAGUUGUCCUUUUACAGGAAAAAGAAAAAAACGGAAGAGCCGGAUAAUCAGAAGGCAUAUUCAAUGUGGUGUCUGUCAGACGAUAGCGACAAUGAAACGAUUGAAAAACUGUUUAGUAAAAAAAAAAGACUUCCUUUUAAAGACGAAACGAUGGUGAACAUAUCGAAAGAGAAAAUGAACAAAAUGAUGAGGAAGUUCCUCCUUGAUGGUAACAAAGAAUUGUGUAGCCAUUUUGCCAACGAAUCAGAUGAUGAAAAAGGAGAAAACUUACCAACUUAUAUUUCUAUAGAAAAAAAACAAUACCAGUUGGAGCAUGUAAUUGCACUUUUGGAUGGUCAUAAUUUUGGUGCCCAGAAAAAACUCCUAUACAGAGUGUACCAUUUAAAUAUGUUCAAUAAGAAAAAGCAGAAGAGCAUUCCCCAUUCUUCUUUCUUUUUCUCCCUAAUGGAUUAUUGUAUCUUAAAAAUUUACCGAUGUUUGAAAUAUGAUUUAGGUGUACAAAACUUGAUAGAGAAUUACAAGGACAUAAUUGUGGACUUUUGUCAUCCCAUGAAAACGGAGUUGUAUCUCUACAUGUCUUUUCUCCUUUUGAUUAUUUUCUGCAAAACGCAAGGGAAGGGAAAGGCCAAUAUAUUUUACAGGAAGAAAAGAAACACCCUAGCGGAAUACGUAGAGUCCAAUAAAGGCGCCCAUGGUAAGGCGUACGAUGUGCACAUUUACUCCAGGAUUUUGAAGAGUGCCGAUUUGUUCAGUGACAUUUUGGAAGAGUGCAAACCGCAGCUGGGGGAGGAAGCUGCAACAGAUGGGGGAACCGUAUCGUACGUCCACUUUGCGGUCAUCCUUUUGGCGCUAAUUAUAUACCCAAUGGAAGGGAGCGAAAGUAAGCGCCAAAAUCAAACAGGAAAAGGGAAUGAGACGUCCCGCUUCGAGCAUGGAGCUGACCCUUUAGGAGAAAACCUCCCCAUUGAGCACCUCCUAACAGACAUUAACAAAAAUAGGGUAGAGGACGAAAAAAUGGUUCAUAAGUUUGCUCAUUUGAAAGGGGAAAACCUAUAUACCGACAAGGAAGAAAGAAUUCCUCUAAUGGGUUACCUAAUCGAAUUGGUGGAGUAUAUAUUUUAUAAGUACUUCCAUUCGGUCAAUGCGAAUUUGCUUCUUGGUGAGGAUGAGGGGGGUUGCCACGACAUCUGUAGUAGGGACACGUAUGCCAGUGUGAGUCGCAUGGAGGAAUGCAUACAGAAUAUCGAGCGGGCAUUCUACAUUAAGCCGUUUGACGUGGAUGACGUGGUCAAAUCAAGCAGGCAAAACCUGGCAGGCACACAGAGCAACAACAGAACCGAUGUGCAGAACCACCUCGGGAUUUUCUCCAAAAAGAAGCAACUAAAAAAAGCAAUCAUUUUGUUAAACAUUUAUAAUAUAUUUCUGGAGAAUAGCAAAAAAUAUAGCCAGAGUUUCUUUUACCUCUCCUUCAAAAUUUUAAACACCCUUUUAUACGGCAUUAUGCAUGAAGGGGGGAAAUCACAGAUGGGAAGCGGCAGCAACGAUGAAAGAAAUUAUAGCGAUGAAAAGAUCCUCACGGAGGAGAAGGAUCACUAUUAUAAACUCUCCUUUGACACGUUCAAAAAUGUAAUCUUUUUUUUGAAGGCCCACCUGGACAAACAGUUUAACGCCUACAUAUUGAUCAAUCACAUAGUGCGCCCGUGCCUGCUGUUUUUAUUUGUCAACUUUUUAAGUUAUAUAAAGAAAUGCGAUGGGGAAGUGAACUUUGCCAAAAUUGUAGACGAUUUUGAAGGCGUCCAAGUGAGGGAUGAUUACUUAGUUGCUGCAGAUAGUCCCUUCGUGAAGUAUCAAAAAAAGGAGGAAAAGUACUUCCUCUUUUUAUUGUACACAUAUAAGUUAAUGGAGCACUCCAGUACCUAUGAGAUCACGCCUAUCGUUUCUCACAAUUUGCAAAACAGUGGCAUUCAGAUGUUUACCCCGAAAUAUGCCAACAGCAGAAACCCUAAGGACUUCCUAAUCAUGCAGAGCGGGCAGGCAAAGUUUGCGGAAAUGAGGGCCACGCGUAAGAAGAUGAAACAACAGAAGAAGCUGGACUACAACGAGCUGAGGAAGGAAAACAACUACCUUCUAGCCCUUAAAGCCAAGGAGGAACAGGAGAGAGUGCGCCGAAACCAGGAAAAAUACAAGAAAGUAAAACUCAUGGCAAAGAGGGACGUCGAGGAGUACAACAAGAUGAAGACGUACACCCACUGA